AUGGGAACAUUUAAAGCACACGAUGGUGACUAUUUCUUAGAACCUAUCCUGAGGGCAGAUGGGCAUGAACAGGAGGAUGACCACAACAAGCCACAUCUUAUAUACAGACAGGAAUUAAAGAGGAAGUCUUUUCUACAGUCUCACAGGCCUUGUGCAGUUUCAGAAAAUCAAAUAAAGAAAACUGCUUUAUAUUCGCAUAACGACAGCACCAUGAAUGAAGAUCUUCACAUAGAGAAGGAAAUGAUUUUCGGAUACCCUUUAAAAAAUAGGUCAUUGGAAGACGAAAGAAGUCACUUACAUUCCAGGAAUAAACGUUUUUUAUCAUACCCAAGAUAUGUGGAAGUUAUGGUGACCGCUGAUGCUAAGAUGGUUCGUUACCAUGGACAGAAUUUGCAGCACUAUGUCCUAACCCUGAUGUCAAUUGUUGCAGCAAUCUACAAAGAUUCAAGCAUUGGAAAUCUUAUAAACAUAGUAAUUGUAAAAUUGGUUAUAAUUCACAAUGAACAGGAAGGACCAGUCAUCAGUUUUAAUGCAGCUACCACGUUGCGCAACUUUUGUUUGUGGCAGCAGACUCAGAAUGUUCCUGACGAUUCUCACCCUUCCCACCACGACACUGCCGUUCUUAUCACUAGGGAAGACAUUUGUGGAGCUAGAGAGAAGUGUGACACAUUAGGCUUAGCAGAGUUGGGUACACUGUGUGACCCUUUGCGGAGCUGCUCUGUUAGCGAAGAAAAUGGACUCAGUGCUGCCUUUACUAUCGCCCAUGAGCUCGGGCACGUAUUUAAUGUUCCACAUGAUGAUAGUUUUAAGUGUAAAGAAGUUGGAAAUAAACAUCAAUAUCAUGUAAUGGCCCCAACUUUAAAUUACGAUUCAAAUCCUUGGACCUGGUCAAAAUGUAGUCAGAAGUAUAUCACUGAAUUCCUAGACACUGGUUAUGGAGAGUGUCUUCUCGACAAGCCAAGUGGAAGGAUAUAUGACCUGUCUCCACAACUCCCGGGCCUAAUGUACGAUGUAAACAGACAGUGUGAACUUAUGUUUGGUCCUGGAUCACAAGUAUGUCCUUAUUUGAAACAGUGCCGGCGUCUGUGGUGCACAAGCUCAGAGGGUGCUCACAAGGGCUGCCGCACACAUCACAUGCCCCUGGCAGAUGGAACCAGCUGUGGUCCUGGGAUGCACUGCCACCACGGGCUGUGUGUGAACAAAGAAAUGGAGACACGUCUUGUGGAUGGUGACUGGGGGCCGUGGGGACCUUACAGUGCUUGUUCAAGAACAUGUGGCGGUGGAAUCAAAAGCACAACCAGGCUCUGUAAUCGUCCCGAGCCAAGAAACGGAGGAAAGUACUGUGUGGGCCGCAGAAUGAAAUUUCGGUCAUGUAACACUGAUUCAUGUCCAAAAGGCAAGCAAGACUUCCGAGAGAAGCAGUGCUCUGAGUUUGACGGUAAACAUUUCAACAUCAAUGGUCUUUCUCCUAAUGUGAGAUGGCUUCCAAAGUACAGCGGGAUUGCCGUAAAAGAUCGCUGUAAACUGUAUUGUCGGGUUGCUGGAACCGCUCAUUUCUACCAGCUGAGGGACAGGGUUGCGGAUGGUACUCCCUGCGGAACCGACACCAGUGACAUCUGUGUCCAAGGCCUCUGUCGGCAAGCUGGCUGUGAUCACGUGUUAAACUCCAAGGCCCAGAGAGACAAAUGCGGGGUGUGUGGUGGAGACAACUCCUCGUGCAGGACUAUGGCCGGUGUCUUCAACAGUGCCCAUUACGGUUACAACGUCGUUGUAAAGAUUCCCACAGGAGCAACCAACAUUGAAAUUCUUCAGCACAGCUAUUCUGGAAAACCAGAAGAUGACAAUUACCUUGCGUUAUCGGAUGCUCAGGGGAAUUUUCUUUUGAAUGGAAAUUUUGUUGUAAGUAUGUCAAAAAAAGAGAUCAACAUACAAGGAGCUACUUUUGAGUACAGUGGAUCAAACAACUCUGUGGAAAGAAUUAAUAGUACUGAUCGCCUGGAAGAAGAGCUUGUUUUGCAGGUGUUAAGUGUGGGUAAUUUAUACAAUCCUGAUGUACGCUAUUCCUUCAACGUGCCUGUGGAGCAGAGGACUGACUUGUUUGCGUGGGACUUGUAUGGACCAUGGCAAGACUGUACCAAAAUGUGUCAAGGUCUUCGUAGAAGAAAAAUCACCUGUGUACGUAAGAGUGAUCACAUGGUUGUGUCUGAUCAAAGUUGUGACCACCUACCACUUCCAGUGUUUGUAAGUGAGAAGUGCAAUGCAGACUGUGAACUAAGGUGGCACGUUACUGGCAAGAGUGAUUGUUCAGCCCACUGUGGCAAAGGGUAUCGGUCCUUGGAUGUCCACUGCAUGAGGUAUUCUGUUCACAAAGGACAGACUGUUCCAGUGGGUGACCGCUACUGCAGCCACCAAGCGAAGCCUCCUACCCGAGAGCCGUGCCAUGGUGACUGUGUCUUACUACGAUGGCAUUAUUCGGAGUGGUCCCAGUGUUCCAGAAGUUGUGGAGGAGGGGAGAAGUCCCGAGAAUCCUACUGCGUAAAUAACUUCGGCCACCGUCUUGCGGACAGAGAAUGUCAGGAGCUUCCCCGCGUGACGCUAGAGAAUUGCAAUGAAUUUUCCUGUCCUAGUUGGGCCACUAGUGAGUGGAGUGAGUGUCUUGUUACCUGUGGGAAGGGAGCAAAGCAGAGACAGGUGUGGUGUCAGCUGAACGAAGAUCGCUUGGGUGAAGGCUUCUGCAAUCCGAGCACCAAACCCGAAUCUCUGAGACCAUGUGAUCUUCCUACAUGUGCGUCCUGGCAAGUAGGACCGUGGGGUUCUUGCUCAGCCACCUGUGGACACGGGUAUCAGAUGCGUGCUGUUAAAUGCGUCAGUGAGCUGUUCAAUGUGGUUUUAGAUGAUGCAGAAUGUCACGGAGCCAGCCAUCCAGGUGACAGGCAGGACUGUAUAGUUACAUCUUGCCUGCUUACCCCUAACAUUGCGGCCACAUCACCAGCUCUUCCCAUGGCAAUGGUAGCACAAUGGCGACAUGGAUCUUGGACCCCAUGCUCGGUGUCUUGUGGAAGAGGCAGUCAGGCCCGCUACGUAAGCUGUCGUGAUGCUCACGGUGCAAUAGCAGACGAAGCAUACUGCGCGCACCUACCCAGACCCGCUGAAGUAUCCGUCUGUUUUAGCCCAUGUGGAGAAUGGCAAGCAGGAAAUUGGUCACCUUGUUCAGCUUCCUGUGGCCGUGGAAAAACAACCAGACAAGUUGUAUGCAUCAGCUACCACCAGCCCACUGAGGAGAGUCUCUGUAACCCCGAACUCCGCCCCUUGGCAGAACAAGAGUGCAACCUGGCAGCCUGCCCACCUCCGCACGGCCACUUUCCUAGUUCCUCUGAGCAGCCCAGCCAUUUGCCGGGCAGGAACUUGCCACUAACUCACAAGCCUGAAGAUAAUCAAAAUCAGGGGGGCCAUCUGUCAAUCAGAGGAAACCAGUGGAGAAUAGGACCGUGGGGAUCAUGUUCGCGCAGCUGUGCUGGAGGUCUGCAGCACAGGGUUGUGGUCUGCCAGAAUGGGAAUGGACAGAGUGCCCGUUUCUGUGACGCAGCCUCAAAGCCAGCAGAGUCAAAGCACUGUGACUUGGGACCUUGUCCACGCUGGAACUACGGAAGCUGGGGAGAAUGUACACAGACUUGUGGAGGAGGAAUAAAGUCGAGAUUUGUAAUCUGUCAGUUCCCCAACGGCCAAGUGUCACAAGAGCACAACUGUGACGAGCAGAGCAAGCCGCCCAGGGUGGCACAGUGCCACGUGCACGCUUGCCCUGAAAACGUGUCGUGGCAGCGAGGACCGUGGAGAUCGUGCUCAGCUUCUUGUGGUAAAGGAAUAAAGUACCGUGAAGUGCUCUGUGUUGACCAAUUCCAAGAGAAAUUAGAAGAAAAUCUCUGCAGCCAUUUCCAGAAACCUAGAACUCACAAAGCUUGUAGAUCCACCAGAUGCCCUUCAUGGAAAGCCAAUAGAUGGAUGGAGUGCUCUGUGACUUGUGGCUCUGGCGUCCAGCAAAGAGAUGUGUACUGCCGGCUGAGGGGCACCGGUCGGGUGGCUGAAGAGAUGUGUGAUCCAUCCACAAAGCCUUACUUUCAGAGGCAAUGUUUGGGUCAGGACUGUGUGAAGUACCAGUGGAUGGCGGGAGAGUGGCCGGAUUGUCCAACAUCAUGUAAGAAGAGAGAGACCCGUCGGAUAGUGAAGUGCACUGAUGCGCACAACACACAAGUGAAUGAGAGUUUCUGUGAUCCUGCAACCAGGCCUCGCUCCGUGAAAAAGUGCGGAAACCUGCCCUGCACGUAUGUGGUGGUCACAGGCGACUCGGCACAGUGUGCAGGUAAUUGUGGAUUUAGUUAUAGACAAAGGGUUACAUACUGCAUUGGGAUCUGGUCUACUAAGAAGCAUAAGCUUCAUCGACUUCAGCCUGUAGUCUAUCAAGAAUGCCCUGUGCUACCUCCCUUCCAGGCUUACAAAUGCAAUAUUAAAAGCUGUUUGCAUGUGGCCACCUGGAGAGUUAGCAAAUGGAGCAAGUGCUCAGUGACUUGCGGAGCUGGGACAACAGAGAGGAGAGUAGAAUGCCUGGAGGACAACGGUUGGCCCAGUGACUUGUGUCUAAAGCAUUUAAAACCUGAUGCUCAAAAAAAAUGUUAUGUCAGUGAUUGUAAAUCCUUUACCACCUGCAAAGAUAUCCAAGUUAAAAACAAUAUUACCAAGGAUGGUGAUUAUUACCUUAACAUCAAGGGGAGAAUAAUAAAGAUCCACUGUGUGGGCAUGCACUCGGAGAACCCCAAGGAAUACUUAUCACUGGCCAAAGGUGAAGAAGACAACUUUUCUGAAGUAUAUGGAUUUAGACUACAAAAUCCAUAUGAAUGUCCUUUUAAUGGAAGUAGGAGGAAAGACUGCAAAUGUAAAAAUGACUACGGGGCAGCUGGCUACACUGUUUUCAGCAAAAUAAGAAUUGAUCUCACUUCCAUGCAAGUUAGAACUACAGAUCUUCUCUUUUCCCAGACAUUAGCUGGAAAAGCAAUUCCAUUUGCCACAGCUGGAGAUUGCUAUAGUGCUGCCAGAUGCCCACAGGGACAGUUCAGCAUUAAUCUGGCAGGAACGGGAAUGAAGAUAUCAAGCACAGCGAAAUGGCUUGCUCAGGGGAGGUAUGCAUCGGUCACAAUACACAGAUCCCAAGAUGGAACCAAAGUCUAUGGCAGAUGUGGAGGGUUCUGUGGAAAGUGUAUUCCUCACAUGACCACUGGUCUCCCAAUUCAAGUAACGUGAACAUUCAGAGGAGGGAAGCAUGCCCGAAGAGGAAAGACUCUCUGCAAUGUGCAGAAUCGCUGGUGCUCCUUCUCCGCUUCUCCCUUCAUGAGAUUUCCGUGUCCAAUGUCUCUGCCUUCUUUCCAGGGUGCUCGUCAGGGAUUCAAAUUACUCAAGAUCGUAAACGUAAGCAUAACAUACAUUACCAGGAAGAUUUAAAAAUAACAUCAUUUACAAUAGGGGACAUAAGCAUGUUUGAAGGGACGAUGCCGAGACGGUGUUGCUGUUCACAGUGUAGACCAGACCACAAUUACGUCAUACGAUUGGACACACGUGUACAUGUCUGCUCAGUAUCCUAGUGUACAAUGAAAUGUUUAUUCUACUGUUAAAAUGGAAUGAGUAAAAAUUAGGAAAAAACCUUUAUUCAAAACUACUAGAAACAUUAUUGAAUCUGUCAGGUGAAUAUGAAAUCAAUAGUAAUAUCAAAAAUACAUAGCCAUUAUACUUUCUACUGAUACAGUGUAGAUACCUUGUUUAAUUUUUCCUUUACUUGCAAUUGUGGGUUGUGAUGAUUUAGUGAAUAGAAAUAAGUCCUUAAAAUGUGGUACAAAUUUUAUAUCAAACAUUCAUGCUUGGGUUAAAUACUAAAUAUAAAAUUUUGUGGGUAUUAGAAGACAUGAUAUAUUAUAAAUUGAUUUUAAAAAUCUACCUCCAAUCUGACUGUACUGAAAAGAGCAAUGUGUUUUUAUAAUAUUUAUAUAGUAUUACAACUUUAUAACUAUUGUAUAUGUACAUAGCUACUCUUUUUAAAAUCUAUUUUCUCAGCAUUAUGUACUGUACUUUAUUAAUCAAAUUGAAAAAUGAGAAUUACUGAAAUUUUGAAGAUUUUAUUUUGGUGAACAUAAAAUUCUGUUUACAUAUAGAAAGAUUUUAUUGCAAAUGUUCAAGUUAUUUUAUAUUGGAGGUUUCUUAAACUCAGAACAAAAAUGAAAGUAUAAAAACUAACUGUUCAGAGGGAAAUUCACAGGUGUUAAUAGAUUUUUUUCCAUUGGCUAAUUUUAUUGUGUAUUAUUUAGUUAUAUGAUUUUAAAGGACAGAUUGACAAAUAAUAAUACUCUAUGGCCUUCUGCUCUGAAAGACGAAGAAACAAACAGAAUGUACUAAUAGAUUUUUGCCAGUAAGCCGUGGCAUACUAGUUUUACCCACGAAGUGCCCCCGCCAACAUUUACUAAGGCUAUAUUGUAUCAUAAAAGGUACUAAAGCAGUUUUGUGCCAGUGUGAUUAAAUAAACAUUAGGGGAUCUCUGUAUCAGAAAAGAAGUAUUUUGCACUAUGUGCCUUAAACCAGUAACAAACGUUAAUGUGGAGUGUGUAACAUUUUCCAGAAACGUUUUCAUUCAUGAUUAAAAUCCUAAAAUUUAUAAACGUUUAAGUAAUAAACAUCUUUGUGUGAUACAA